AGGCCAGCCCCUUCUCCAUCACCCAGCCCCCCAACACAGACGCUACAUUCAACAGAGGAAACGGAAAAGACGAAACAUACAAGAAGGUUUUUCAUUUCAAAACCCCGGGGCUGUGGAAAGAACAGAGAGUUCCCUUUUUUAUACCCAAACUUGUCCGCAUUUGGCUUCGCUGUUAGACCACAAAGCCGGCCUUCCGAUCCGUUCUUUCCACUUUUUGCCCAUCUUUUCCCCAGCUGUUUGCAGCUGGCAGAAAGCACCCGCCCUGUUCGGCGAGAAGGGACCGAGAGUGACCGGAGGAGGAGAGAGAUGCCACCCCAACCUCCCCAGCCGCAGGUGAGGGAGAAUAUCCUGAAGUUCCUCAGGAGUUUUUUGGGAAUCAUCCGGAUCCUGCAGAUUGUGUUCGGAGCCGGGCUGUGGGUGACCAUCGCCGCCAACAAAUACGAGGGCUCCAUUCACUUCGUGCUGUUCGUCGCGGUCCUCUUCUGGCUCCUCACCCUCGCCCUGUUCUUCCUCACCCUCCUGGAUAAGCAGGACCUCGUCCCGCUGCUGGGAGGGGACCGCUGGUUGGCCACCAACCUGGCGCACGACGUGGCCGCCGCCGUGCUCUACCUGCCGGCCAUAGGUGUCAUGAUCUACAAGACGGAUCGCAACUCGUACUGCAACCUGGAGCAGUACAAGCACCUCUGUCUGUACAAGGUCUACCUGACGGCCGCCGUGUUCGCCUGCCUGUGCUGCCUGGCUUACCUCCUGUCGGUUAUUUAUGGGGCGUGCAGGAAGUGUCGGGGAGAACAAACGGUCAUCUGAUGGGACUG